AUGAAUGAGCAGCGAGUUUCUCAACAACUCCACCAGACCACAUCCAUCCUUCUAAUUGGCUCCAACUGGAAUUCCGUUUACAACAAUGACAUCAUCCUACUUUUCGAUACAUGGAAACAGUGUGCCUUUUCCACGAGGCUCAAGUUUUUUCCUUGGAACACACCUGAAGAAGGAAAUCAAGAGGUUUUGUUGGAUGUUGGGGAGUUGCUUUUAUCUUGUGGAACCCGUGGAUUUAUGUGUCUGUCUGCCUUGAUGACUGAUUCUUCCAUCAUUUUUUCACAAGCCUCUUCAAUAAGCAGGCAAGUUGACAAUAAUGUUCCUAGUGCAAGUUUAGUUGGAGGUAAUUCAUUAGUUCAUGGUGAGCACAUAGAUUGUGGUGGCAGUGCAAUGGAUCCUGGCAAUGGAGGAAACAAUCUUGGCAACAACUCCAAUCUCACCUCAAAACAACGUUUACGGUGGACACAUGAAUUGCACGAGCGCUUUGUUGAUGCUGUGGCUCAACUUGGUGGGCCAGAUCGUGCCACACCAAAAGGUGUCCUCAGAGUUAUGGGUGUACAAGGCUUGACCAUUUACCAUGUCAAAAGCCAUUUACAGAAAUACCGACUAGCAAAAUAUUUACCUGAUUCCUCCUCUGAUGAAGGGAAAAAGGCUGACAAGAAAGAAACAGGGGAUGUGUUGUCCAAUCUCGAUGGUUCAUCUGGGAUGCAGAUUACUGAAGCACUAAAGCUUCAAAUGGAGGUGCAGAAACGACUACAUGAACAAUUGGAGGUUCAGAGACAGCUACAGUUACGGAUAGAAGCCCAGGGUAAAUACCUGAAAAAGAUAAUUGAAGAACAACAGCGGCUCAGUGGCGUUCUUUCAGAGGCACCUGACACUGGCGUUGUGGCUGUGGUUCCAGGCGAGGUGUGCCAAGAACCUGAUAAUAAGACUGACCCGUCUACCCCGGACCCUGAAAAGGCUGCCAAAGACCGUGUCCCAGCAAAGAGUCUUUCAAUUGAAUCUUUUUCUUCACGCCAUGAACCAUUGACACCAGAUUCUGGUUGCCAUGUUGGUUCGCCUGCUGACAGUCCUAAAGGGGAGAGAUCAACCAAGAAGCAAAGACUAAGCAUGGAUGGAUCGUAUUCUAAACCAGACAUGGUGCUUCCACUUCAAAUACUGGAGUCAAGCAUGUCAUCAUACCAGCCACCAAACAGUGUUUUUCUUGGCCAAGAGCAAUUUGAUCCUUCAUUGGGUAUGCCUAGCAGAAGUGGUGAGGACUUGGAUAAAGUUGGUGGCAGUAAUCUAUGA